AGUCGAAAUCUCCUGAUGGAGGGAGAUACGGCAGACAAGAAGCAAGAUCCGCUGCCCUCCGAAGGUGCCAUGGCGAUUUUAAUGCGGAGAGACGAGGGAAUAGCUUGUUCACGAUGCCGAAAGCACAAGAUCAAGUGCAGCAAGAUGAAACCCUGCUGCACUUGCAGCAGGAUGGGGCUUGAGGAUCAGUGUGACGCCAUCUUCGGGGUUUCAGCGUGUUGGCUGUGCAGGCGGUCGAAGAUCAAGUGUGACAAGAAGCGACCGUGCGGGACUUGCAUGAAGAAGGGCAGGUCUAAGGAAUGCCUGUCUUCCGAUCAUGAGACGGGGCCUAUGGAGGAGGAUGCCGUCUCUGUAAAGCAGGAGGACGCCGGGACGGUGAGGCCUCGAAUAGAGACUCCCAACCGCCCUUGGCCCUUGCGGCUUGAGAUGGAGUUUGGGACAGUCCCUCCUCGGAUGCUGGAGCCGGACGAGAAGGAUGGGGGGUUGAUCUCCCCGCUCAUUGUGAGGACUUCGCAGCUUGGCUACGACCACACAUCGAUCCUGUACAUGUUCAACACGAUGGGAGAGGACCUCUCUAACUCGAUCAAGAACCUGAUGACAAGUCUUGCAAACUACAGGCCGAACAUGUUCAAUCAGAAGACUAGCCCCCCAUCAUCAUUGCUGAUGGCCAGGUCGGAAAGCUGUGACGUCGGGAACGCAGCUGAAAACUCGUGG